AUGGGCUGGCUCCCCUGGUCCUCCGACAGCACCACCCCCAAAGCCUCCGACGGCGGCCGCAUCGCCCCAGAUCGGACCUCGCGCGAAAAGUGCUGGGAAGGCCGCGACAAUUUCUUCGCCUGCCUGGACAAAAACGAGAUCGUCGACUCGAUCAAGGAGGACAAGGAGGUGCGACGGAAAUGCGGGAAGGAGUUGGCGGAAUUUGAGGGGGCGUGCGCGAAGGCUUGGGUGAAAUACUUCAAGGAGAAGCGGGUGAUGGAAUAUAACCGCGACAAGACGAUCGAGCGCAUCAAGAAGGAAGAUGCGGCCAAGGUUGCGGAUCUCAAGUCACAGGGUUGGACGCCUCGGUGA